AUUACACUCCAAAACAACAUGGCCAACUUCAAAACAUUUUUCUUUUUCUCUUCUUCCAUUCUAUUAUUGCUUAUACCUUCUUGUUUAGCUUACAAUGUGGUUAGUUUUGGAGCUAGAGGAGAUGGAAAGACAGACUCAACCGCGCCAUUUCUUCGUGCGUGGAUGUCUGCUUGCAGCUCAACUAGUCCUUCCAACGUGUACGUUCCUAGGGGAACAUACGUUAUAAGGCCAGUGACAUUCACUGGCCCAUGCCGGAGCAGAAUUGAGUUCCGGAUUAAUGGAACUAUCGUUGCUCCGACAGAUUAUAAUGUCAUUGGAGGUUCUAGCUUUUGGAUUUUGUUUUAUAAAGUUAGUAGGCUUUCUGUCUAUGGUGGAACAAUUGAUGCCAAAGGACAUAGUUUUUGGUCUUGUAGAAGAUCUGGUCAUUCUUGCCCUCCUGGAGCUAGGUCAAUAACAUUCUUGUGGUGUAAUAAUGUACUGCUAAGUGGAUUAAAAUCAAUGAACAGUCAGAUAAUGAAUAUGGCAAUUGAUUACAGCAGCCAUGUGAGAGUGGAGAAAGUGAGAAUAAGAGCACCAAGUGGAAGUCCAAAUACUGAUGGGAUUCAUGUAGAGAAUUCAAGGGAUGUUACCAUCACAGAUAGCAUCAUCCAAACUGGAGAUGACUGCAUUUCUCUUGGCCCUGGAUCCAUGAAUAUGUUGAUUCAAAAGAUUGGUUGUGGCCCCGGACAUGGCAUCAGCAUAGGAAGUUUGGCAAAUGGUUAUAAUGAAGCUGGAGUCCAGAAUAUAACAGUGGCAAAUUCAGUAUUCACCAAGACACAAAAUGGUGUAAGGAUAAAGUCAUGGGCAAGGCCAAGUGAUGGCUAUGCAAGAAAUCUCAUGUUCAGAAAUCUUGUUAUGAGGAACGUUGGCUACCCCAUCCUCAUUGAUCAAAAUUAUUGCCCCGAUAACAGUUGUCCUCACGAGAGUUCAGGAGUAAAGGUGAGUCAAGUGACAUACAAGAGUAUAAAGGGGACAUCUUCAACACAACAAGCCAUAAAAUUAGAUUGCAGCAAAACAAAUCCAUGCAGUGGUAUCACAUUACAAGAUAUAAAGCUCACUUUCGUGGACUAUCGUUUGAAAAGGCCAGCCUUAACCUAUUGUAGAAAUGCACAAGGGACACAUCACGGCACAGUUAUGCCCAAGAGUUGCUUCUAGAAACACCAUAUAAUAUUAUAUGGACUGGUGGGAGUAAUGACUAAUGAUAAUUAAUUAGUUUUACUAAAAUAGAUUUGCGUUACGGAAAGAUACAUAUACUUGCUGUGUAUAUAUUUCCGACUUCCCAGUAGAAAAGAAAAUAGGAAAAGAAGCUCAUUUCUCAUGAGUCUUAUUUUCUUGUAUUACUGGUCAUUUUUUUCAGUCUUGUGGGGUAGUUUUGAA